AUUUUUCUAUCAUUUCCCCUGUCUAUAUAAAAUAUACAUUUUAUAUUUUAUAUAUAUAUAUACUCCUAUAUAUCAUCACAACUCCAGCAGCAACCACUCUUUCUUAUCACCAAAUCAUUUCCAAUUCCCCCAUUCUCUCUCUGCUUUCAAUCCACCGCCAUUCAUUCUCACAACCAAUUCCGGCAACCAUGGCACCGUGCAUCAACCGGGCCGCCAGCGACGGCGGAACAAUAAUCCUAAACAAAUACCAACUGACUCGUCUCCUCGGCCGUGGCAGUUUCGCAAAAGUAUACCACGGCCGGUCUUUAAUAGACGAGUCAAGUGUAGCUGUAAAAGUUAUAGAAAAACCAGUAAUCGCAAAUCCGAGUAUGGAACAACUACUUGUUCGCGAAGUAGCCGCCAUGAGAAGAUUAGAUCACCCGAACAUCCUUAAAUUACACGAAGUGAUGGCGACAAAAACAAAGAUCUACCUCGUUAUGGAACUCGCCACGGGGGGCGAGCUGUUCACUCAGCUCGCCCGACGUGGCAGGAUGAAAGAAAAUACCGCGAGACGGUAUUUUCAACAAAUUGUCUCCACUUUAUAUUUCUGUCAUCAAAACGGUGUCGCACACCGUGACUUAAAACCGCAAAAUCUUUUACUAGAUUGUGACGGGAAUCUAAAAAUAUCGGAUUUUGGACUUUCGGCGUUACCUGAGUCACAUAAAGACGGGUUGUUACACACGGCGUGUGGAACGCCGGCGUACAGUGCGCCAGAGAUUGUUAGAAGGAAAGGAUAUGAUGGGUCAAAAGCUGAUGCUUGGUCUUGCGGAAUUAUAUUAUUUAUGUUUUUAGCUGGGUAUCUUCCUUUUGAUGAUAGCAAUUUAGCUAACAUGUAUAGGAAGAUACAUUUACGAGAAUUCGUGUUUCCUGAUUGGAUCCCGAAGCAACCCAGGAUAAUAAUCCAAAAGCUUCUGGAUCCAAAUCCGAAAACACGAAUGAGUAUCGAGACUCUUAUGAGUCUCGCGUGGUUUAAGAAAUCUCUUAAACAAGAUCUUGUGGAGCAUACUCAUUUACAUGGAUCAUCAUUAUCAUCAUCGUCGCUAUCAUCUGAUGAUAGUGGCGAUUGUAAAACGAAUACUACUGGUAUGAAUGCCUUUGAUAUAAUCUCGAUGUCGUCCGGAUUGGAUCUUUCGGGUAUUUUCGAGGAACAGGUUGUAAAGAAAGAAAGACGGUUUACGGCAACCGGAAUAACGGCCGGAGAGAUAGAAAAAAGGGUGGUGCAAGUUGGGCAAAAGUUGGGUUAUCAAUACAAGAAAAUGAAAGAUAAAGAUGUGGUUGGGCUGGCCAAAGGGAGGAUUGUGGUGGUGGUGGUGGUGAAGGUGUUGGAGGUGGCGAUGGAGUUGUUAUUGGUGGAGAUGACGGUGGUUAACGGUGGUGGUCGUGAUGGCUUUACUGAUGUGGAAUGGGAAGAAAUGAGAGGUGGCUUUCAAGAUGUUGUAGUGUCAUGGAAUUAAUGAUUUAAUGGUAGAAAUUAAUUACUGAAAGUUGUAAAUAUUUUCAGUUUGGUAACGUGAUUAGGCUUUGUAUUUGUGUUUUUGUUUUUUGGGAUUUUAAUACAAUUGGGACUCUGAUUAAUUAGUAUUGUUAAAGGCAUGGUUUAGGGUUUGUACUUAUAAAACAAAUUUUGGACAAUGGAAUGUAAUUUAUCAA